UUCUUUCUAAUGUUCCCGUUUUUUGGUCCACUAUGUAUAUUGCCUCUCUUAUCUUAAUUUUUUGCUUGCCAUAUUUUGAGCAGGCUCCCUUUUCAGACUCGGCUCUAAUGAUUAAUUUUAAAGGGUCCAAGAACAUCAUUUCACUCUUCCCCACGUCUAGUGUUACAUUUAUUGGAAUGUUUUUUGAACAUUCUUUCCCAGUAGGCCUAAUCUUUAUUUUUAGCCAAUCUAUGGGGUAACAAGACCAAACUUCCAACCAUACCUGGUUGUUUUCUUCUGCUACCCAAUUUGCUUCGACGUAAGGAUUUGACAGUCGUUGUCGAGCAAUCAUGGUGGGGUCUAAUGAAGAGAGAAAAGUUAUUUCGGAUUGUUGACGGCACAUGAAUCUAGC